AUGGCGCGAGAUCUCAGCAGCCGGCUCGAGUACACUGGCGCUCGGGUGGCGAGGGUUGACGUGGAAGACUUUCUGGACACUGGGGUCCUCGCAGACUUGGAGUUCGUGGUAAAAUUCGCCGAUCACAACGAGAGGCGGUUCCGCGUACACAAGACGUUCAUGGCCAUGCGUAACGAGGUUUUCCGCGCCAUGUUGUUUGGAGACCUCGCUGAAAAAUACAAAGUGGCCAUCACUGACAUCCACCCAAAUGGUUUCGAGAUUUUGCUCAGGUUCCUGUAUUCUGGAAUAGCGAAGAUUGGAAGCGUCGACGAUGCGUUACGCGCCAGGCUCGCUGCAAAAAAGUACCUCGUGGAACAGCUUGAAAAAGCCUGCAGCGUCUACAUCCGCAAGAACCUUCAUCCAGCGCGGCUGUGCUCAUUCAUCGACUACCACAUGCAGAACCGCUACCUCGACAUGGAUGACGACGUGGUAGCACUUUUGAAUUCAGGCAUCGCUCGUGAUGCCCUUGCCUCGAAAGAAUUCAGCACUGCUCUCGAGGAAACCGUCCACUGCAUCGUGGACAAAAUCAGGAACGUUCCCGAAGACCGCGUAGUCAAUGCCGUUUUCGGCUGGGUUCAAGAAAAGCGCGUGCGGAGCCUGCAGACAGACAAACCGCACGAAUUGAAAACGCUUAUGCGUCCCUUCUUUCCCAAGCUGCGAUUCUUGAGCAUGAGUGUGGAGGAGUUCCUGAGUGGGCCCGGUUCUUGGAGCAUCAUGGACGACGCCGAAGUUGUUGCGGUGAUGCGAAACAUCGUCAAACCUGGAUGGUGCUCACUGCCGGCAGGGUUCUGUGAAACCAUCAGUAAUCGCUACCAUCAGUGA